AUGGGGGGCCGUCACACCCAGGGUUUGCUGCUGCUCUUUCUCCUCAGAGCCUCCUCCACUCUGGCGCAGCAUCUGUACUGUCACAAGGGCAUAUCCAUGAGCCUGGAGGAGGACCCAAGCGCAUUCAACUGGACCACGGAGAGAGUUGAGACUUGUGACAAUGGAGCGCUGUGCCAGGAAUCCCUGAUGAUGGUCAAAUCCGGGGCCAAGAUGGCACUUCUGGCCACGAAGGGCUGCAACCCCGACGGGAUACCCGCCAUAACGUUGGUCCAGCACUCCCCACCGCCCGGCAUAAUGGUGGUCUCCUACAGUAGCUACUGUGAGCACUCCUUCUGCAACAACAGGAAGAACAUCCCUGAGAUAUGGAAUCCAGAGGUGAUCCCAGCUCCCAAUAUGUCAACAACCUUCCACAGCCCAACCUGUUUAGCUCUUGGAGUCUGUUCAAGUGCGCCUUCUCUUCCCUGUCCCAUUGAUACAACUCAAUGCUAUCAAGGAAAACUUCGGGUUGCUGGAGGAGACAUCGACUCAACUUUGGAGGUCAAAGGCUGUACAUCUGUAUCUCAUUGUGGGCUGAUGUCUGGGAUAUUCACAAUUGGACCCAUGUGGGUAAAGGAAAUGUGUCCAUACCAAUCUCUCAUUCAAUCCCAAAAGGUUGGAAAUGGGGCCACCACCUGCUUUCCCAUUUCAUAUGUUGACAACCUCCUACUGGCCACUGAGAAAGAAGACUGCUGUCAGGCUACACAGAAUCUGCUGCUGACAUUGGACCGCCUCGGAUACCGAGUCUCUGCUUACAAGGCCCAACUCUGUGCCACCAGGGUAACUUACCUCGGAUAUCACAUAGAGGAAGGUUUUGCUGAAAUUGCAAAGCCUCUGUACACGGCCACAGGGGGCAAGGACCCUGACCUAAACUGGACAAAAGUAGAAGGGGCCAAGAUGGCACUUCUUGCCAUGAAGGGCUGCACCUCCAAAAGGAUACCCUCCAUAACGUUGGUCCAGCACUCCUCACUGCCUGGCAUAAUUGUGGUCUCCUACAGCAGCUACUGUGAGCACUCCUUCUGCAACAGCAGAGAGAACAUCCCUGAGAUAUGGAAUCCAGAGGUGAUCCCAG